CUUGAAACAGGUAGUAAGAGUUCCUUCUUCCGAGUUUGAUUUAUCUUCUUCAAUCGUUGGAGGCAAAGAUUUGUCAUGCGUGAAGUGAUUUUGAGAAAGCAGUUUUACAAAAACUGCUUCCUCUCGCGUCGUCCUUCUCAAAAUCUCUUACGAACUCACACCAAAAGCUUAUCAUCAGCAUCGUCUUCAUCUAUAGAAUCCAGUUUCAGAGUUGCAACAGGUAAUCUAUAUGAAAUCGAAAGCCGAAUUAGGUUACUGUGUGAAAAAUCAGUUCUUCAGGUUGAAGAUGCUUUUCUUCUCUUCAAUCAAGCUAUUGAUUCGCACGGUCCACCUUCCGAAUCAACUUGUAGUUUUAUUUUCAUAACUCUUUCAAAGUUGAAGAAGUAUAACCUAGCUAUUAAGGUCUACAAUAAGAUGUCUGGUAUCCGUAAUUUUCGUAGUUACUUAUCAUUAGGUUCGUUAAUUGAGUGUUUUGUUCAUUCAAAUGAGAUUGAUUUUGCUAUUGGAGUGUUGGCCGUGAUGAUAAAGCGUGGUUUUGAAGUUAAUAUAUAUAGUAUAAAUGUCAUUGUUAUUGGACUUUGUCGAAAUGGUGAUGUUUUUCGAGCUGUUAAGCUUUUUCAUGAAUGGUUGCCUGUUGAGACAGAUACGUCAAGAAGAAACCCUAACUUAUUUACUUACACCAUUCUUAUAGAUGGGUUAAGUAAAGAGGGUAAAAUGGAAGAAGCCAUGGAUUUAUUGGAGGAUAUGAAGCUGAAGGGAUUGAGUGCAGAUAUUGUCACUUAUGGCUCACUUGUCAAUGGCUUUUGUGAUGCAGGAAAUUUCGAUAGAGCAAAGCAACUUUCCGAUAUAAUGAUGGAGAAAGGAAUGGCACCCAACGAAUUCAUUUACUCGAGUUUACUUCGCUGUCUUUCCAAAACGAGGCGAUGGGAAGAAGCUAGUGAUUUAUUGAAUGUUAUGUCUGAAAGAGGAAUACAGCCUAAUGUUGUUAUAUAUAAUCAUUUGAUAGAUGACCUUUGCAAAGAUGGGAGGCCAUUGGAGGCAAUGCGUUUACUUAACUUAAUGGUGGAGAAAGGUGAAGAACCGAACACAACAACGUAUAAUUCACUUAUCAAUGGACUUUGUAAUUCUGGCUUGUUUACUGAUGCUUUCAAAGUUUUUGAAGAUAUGAAACCGGAUGUGGUUUCUUUCAAUACGUUAGCUUCGAGGCUUAGCAAGAAUGGUAAGGUUGAUGAGUCUAUAGAGUUAUUGCGAAAGGUGACUGAACCGGAUUGUUGCACUUUUACAUGUUUAAUCGAUGGGCUUUGUAGAAAAGGUCGAAUUAGAGAAGCCGAAGAGAUUCAUUGUAAGAUGAUCCAAAAACCUAACAUAUUGUCUUUUAAUUUGCUGAUUAGGGCUUACUUGAAGGAAGGAUAUGUAGAGAAAGUAAUGCAGCUAUUAAGGAAUGUUGUUGAAGUGGGAUUAGUUCCGAAUUCGAAUACUUAUUUACUUAUGAUUCGAGGAUUCUGCAGUCUCAAAAUGAUAAACGUCGCCAAAGGUCUUUUCUUACACAUGAGGGCUCGUGGUAUUUCAAAUGCCAACAAUCAUUAUAACGCUUUAUUAGAUAUUCUAUGUAAAGAUGGUUGUUUGGAGGAGGCAAAAGGGUUGUUUAAUUCGAUGGCUAAUCCAGAUGCUAUAUCGUUUAAUACUUUGAUCCAUGGAAUUCUGAAAACUGGUGAUCUACAAUCCGGGAAAGAAUUAUUCGAUGAAAUGAUUCGAAAAGGCGUAUCUCCUGAUUCUGUGACGUUUUCAAUACUAGUGAAUGGUUUUAUCAAGUUAGGAUGGUUAGAGGAGGCAAAACACGUUCUUGAAAAGAUGUUGUCGUGUGGUUACGAUCCGAGUGUUGCUGUAUACGAUUCGUUGUUGAAAGGAUUUUGUGAAAUGGGUGAAAAGGAUGAUUUUUUUGGUUUGCUUGAUCGGAUGGCGGCUAAGGGAGUUUGUCUUGAUGGUAGAAUUACUCGCACAAUCUUGAAUUGUUUAUGUCGUUUUUCUGAUUAUCAUAAUAUACAUGAAAUUUUACCUGAAUUUCAAAGGGAGACUUGUUCUGAAGAAUUGAGUAUUUCUUGUAAUGAAUUUUUGACAAAACUUAGAAAGUCACAUCCUGAACUUGAAAUUUAUACUUAAAAAUAUAUGAUAUGGUUAACCUAAGUAAGGAUGGUUAUUGAAGUUCAAUUAUCAAGUUACUUG